AUGUUUUAAUACAUCCCAGUUGAGUUUAUUUGUAAAAAAUUUAAGUCAACUUUUGGUUUGAAUGUAGAUCAAAAAUUUUAAUAUAUAAUCAUUUCGUAAUACUUAUUGGAUCCUCAAAUCGAAUAAAAAGUAGAAAAAUACCAAAAGAUUUGGAUAAGAACACCUUAAGGGUAAUAAAUUUAAUAAUAGUAAACAUAAAAACAAUUUUAAUAAAAUUUUCAAACUGAUUCUAAUUACCAAGCGGACAUUUACUAAGAAAAUUUUUUAGAAAACUUUCAAGCUCCUAAAUAAAAAGAGAAUCUUCUAGAUUCUUAAUCAGUUCCAAAAGAAGACCUUCAAAACAAGAAUUUAUAUUAAUAAAUUGAAUAGGAGGAAAUAAAAGAAUAAGAAUUGUUAGUUUGUUAUGAAGAACAAGAACCUACAGGAUUUGUUUCUUUUUUAUUAUUAAAAGAAAGAUAUUGUGUUGGAAAUGGUAGUAAUUUCAAAGAAAAAGUUGAUCAAAUAAAAAUUACAAAUACAUUUUUCUUAAGUAAUGGAAAACAAGAAGAGCCCAAAUAGAAUUCUUAGAGUAGCGAAUAAGAGAUUAAUUAAAAUUCAAACUCCUAAACAUCAAGUUAAAUAUUGCACUCAAAUAGAUUAUAUCUUGAUUUAAUCUUCUACAAAUAACAAUUUGCUAAUCUUCUUAAAGAGUUUUCAAACAUUAAAUAAGAAAAAUAGUUCUAAGUUCAGAAUAAAUUUUAGAAGCACUAACAAACUUUUAUAACAUAAGAAGAUCUAUUAUUAGAGACUAGAUCAUAAUUUUAUACAUUAUUGGUAAAGAAAUUUACUUCUGAAUUUUCAGAACUAAACACAUAGUAAUUCAAUUUAAAUACGAUCUUGAGUAUCUACUGGGGGAUUGGAUCUCUUUAAGGUUUCAAGGAAUCUCAUACUGAUUUAAUUGAUGCCCUAAAAGAAGAAUUAAGGCUAAAUAGCAUUAUUUAGUGUGGAAAAUUGAAUAUGUAAUUAUUUCUAUCUGAUUAUACAUUCUUAAGAGAAUUCAUUACUCCAUAAAUUUCAAAAGAAAUUAGAAGGAAAAAUGAAAACUUAAAAAUUUUAAUUAAUUUUUGUUAAGUAAAAAUAUUUGGUAAAGAAGACUCUGGUAACAUUAAAAAAAUUUGUAGUUUCAACUAGGCUAACGAUUGAAACUCACUAUCUUUAUUGAUAGAGUAACAAGUCAAUACAGUAAUCAAAAAAUUUUAAAAUAUUUUAAUAAUUAUCUUGUCAGUUGAUAGGAUUCAAUAAUAAUGUAAAGAGAGAAUUAAUAGUUAAAUUCUUAGUUUCCAUCAUUCCAAUCUAGAACUUAAGUACUUUUCUAUUAAAUAAAAGGAAAGCUAGCAAAUGUAAUAAUCCUAAUAAAAAUAAUCAUAAAUAUUAGAAUAAGAAUGGGAUCUUUUAGAAAUUGAAUAUUAUAAAUAGAGAUAUACACUAUAAAAAGAAGGAUUGUUCCUUUCUUAUAAAUAAUUGAGUGAAAAUGUUGAUGAAGAAUUGUUUAGCUUUGAAUGUUAGGUAAAGUUAUUAAUUAAUUAUUUAUAGAUCCACAGUUAGAAUAUUAAUAUGUGA